UUGAACUCGAGGGCCACGUCAGUCGAGUGCAGGACUGGGGUGAUUAAUGACUCUGAAACCGCACUGAGCCUGGAGGUGACCGAUCCUUCACUCCUCAACGGAGACGUCCAGGAGCUGGAGCGGGAGCACUCACGGGGUUAACUAAAGGAACGUGCUGGCCAAGAACAUGGCUUCGGAUGCCAGUCACAUGCUCGAAGCAGCCUUGGAGCAAAUGGAUGACAUCAUAGCAGGUUCUAAAGCAGCGGCCGAGUAUUCCAACGGGAUGUACGAUAUCGCCUCCCCCAUCCCACCCACCUACCUGAGGUCCCUGCAGAUCCUGCAGCUGGUGGAGGACUUGCGUUUGGGUCUGGAGAUGUUGGGGAGCGAACGUGAGAGAGAGGAAGUUCGGAGCCAGAUCCCUUCGGCCACACUGCAGACGGUGGCUAACUGGCUGGAUCAUUUCUCUGGCAAUCACCGUGCAGCUGUGAACAAUGAAACCUGCCAGGACCGAUUAGCGAGGUUGGAGAGUGACCGGGAGUGCCUGGUGCUUCAGGUGAGUGUGCUCACGGAUCAGGUGGAGGCACAAGGUGAGAAGAUCAGGGACCUGGAGUCUUGUCUGGAAGAACACCAGCUGAAGCUCAACUCAACGGAGGGGAUGCUACAGCAGGAGUUGCUGAGCCGAACAGCUCUGGAGUCCCAGAAGCUGGAUCUCAUGGAGGAGAUAACCACCCUGAAAAUUAAACUGGCUGGAAUAGAGAAGGACCGGCGGGAGAGUGAUGAUCCACAGAGGAGUAAGAGCUUACUCCGGGAAUUACAGAGGCUGAAAUCCAAGGUGGAGGAGCUGGAGAACGAAAAGAUAGAAUACAAGCAGAAACUGGAUGCCACAAAGGCCGAAAUCCAAAAUCUUCAGGAACAGCUCAACAUGAGAGACAUUGAGAUUGAGCGGUUACAGAGCCAACUCUCUUCCAGAGCUUCAGUGCAGAGUGACGGGUCAGACCGAGAGGACAUGUAUAGGAAGAAGCUGAAAGACAAACACCAAGAGGUGCAGAAACUAAAGGUUGGACUGGAUUCUCUACUGGCUGCCAAUGAAGAAAAGGAUCUGCGGAUUGAAGAGUUGAGUCGCCUCCUGUCCCAGUGCAAGAUGAUGAAGCAGAUGAUGCAGAUGGCUCAAGGUUCUUCAGAACAAAUACUCAUGGGGAGCAGUGAAGAGGAACUGAGUGUCUGUUCAAAGGUAGCGACCCCCACCAAACUGGGGCACUGUGAAGAAAUGAAGCCAGAGCUGUCAACCAGCAUCCACUCAUCCCCGGCAGAGCUGCAGCUGACUCCUGUCGAGAUCGAUGUGAGGACAGAACCAAGGAGGACAUCUGCUAGCCUGGAGGAGCUAAACAGUACCCGAUCCCCGAAGCAGCUCUCAGUCAGGGAGAAUGAGGAGCCCCCGCAAUCUGAGAGGAAAGCUUACCUGGAUGACAGCAAGUACCAGACCCUCCCUGGGAAACUCCCACCAUCCAACCACUUGGACAAGGCUGACCAGUUUCCUCAGACGCAAGGGUUGGCUGCAGUCCCAAGCUCAAUGCCAGGAGGUCCUGAAGACUGGGAGAGCAUGGCAGCCAAUCUGAACCGGUCCAGGAGCGCCAGCGCUCUGAACUUAGGAGAGACAGAGAGAAGUGUUGACUCCACCCUUAGCUCUCCUGACGUUUCACCUCUCUCCUCAACCACUGGGACAGACCAGUUCCCUCCGAAUUCCUCUGAGAACAAAAAGAACAAAGGGCUCAAGAAAUUCCUGGAAAAAAUACGGAGGACACACUCAAGUUCACUCCAGGACAAUGACGAGGGUGCACUGGAGUUCAAGAGAGGCGGUCUUCGAGCGACUGCGGGACCCUGUCUGGCGAGGUCGAGGGAACUGUCCAGUACGCAGAUAGAUCCCAGCACGCCUUUCCAUCAGUGGACAACUGACCAAGUGUGCGCUUGGCUCGAGGACUCUGGCCUUAGUCAGUACGUGGCUUUGGCCAGGCAGUGGGUCAGCUCUGGACAGACACUAUUAGCAGCAACGCCGCAGGAGCUGGAGAAGGAGCUUGGAAUCAAACACCCACUACACAGGAAGAAGAUCCAGGUGCUACAGAAGGCAGUGGAGAGCGGGCAGAUUGACGGCCCAGGGAAGCUCAGCCACAUCUGGGUAACACGUUGGCUGGAUGACAUCGGCUUGCCUCAGUACAAGGACCAGUUCACUGAGGCCAGGGUGGAUGGCCGAGUGCUGCAGUACCUCACCGUGAAUGACCUCCUGUUCCUGAAGGUUACCAGUCAACUGCAUCACUUGAGCAUUAAGUGUGCCAUUCACGUGCUCCACGCCAACAAGUUUCACCCCAACUGCCUGCGGCGAAGACCUUCUGAUGAGAAUCACACAAGUCCAUCUGAUGUCGUGCAGUGGUCCAACCAUCGUGUGAUGGAGUGGCUGAGGUCGGUCGAUCUCGCGGAGUACGCGCCAAACCUCCGAGGGAGUGGAGUCCACGGUGGCCUCGUUAUAUUGGAACCGCGAUUUAACUCUGAAACGUUGGCUUUGCUCCUCAACAUCCCCCCUCAGAAGACCUUACUUCGACGGCACCUGACCACACACUUCAACCUGUUGAUUGGUCCCGAAGCUCAACAGGAGAAGAGGGAGUUAAUAGAGUCCAGUAACUACAUGCCCCUUAACACCACAGCAAAAGUGAGGCCAAAGAGACUCAGUUUCUCACACUUUGGGAAUCUGAGGAAGAAGAAGGUUGACGGAAGCAAUGACUACAUUUGCCCGAUGGACUCGAUCCAGCCGGCAGCCAACGGCUCCCAGAGGAACAACAUUGGCUCCAGACCAAGGAAGGCCGUAGUGGACAAGGACUUGAGCAGACUGAGCCAGGUGGAAGAUUCCCAAAGGACAGUCCAACAGAUUGGAGCAUUCUCGGAAGGCAUCAACAACCUCACGACCCUGCUCUCACAAGAUGAAGUGCCGAUAUACAGGUUUGAAGUGGUGAAAGGGCCAAGAGGAGGUGAAGCGCUAACAAUGUAAUUGCCACAAAUCCACUGCCUGACCUCUGAUGUGACACAUACAUUUAGAAAUUGUUUGCACUGGGAGUGAAAAUUCAGAAUCAACAUGUUAUUUAUUCCAACUUUAAUCACACAUCUGAAUUAAUUUCAAAAAUAUAUUUAUUCCAUUCAGAACAAGAAAACCAUUGAAUUAAAUUUUGUUCACUGGAUAUCUACAAAACUCUGUUUUAAAGGUUCUUUUCAUUGGAGGAGUUAAAAAUUGACUUGUUGGUGAUGACUGCAGUUCCUGGAAAUUGAAAAAACAGUAUCUUGGUUACUCAAUUAUUAUGUUUUAAUGGUGUGUAUUCUGUAAAUUAAUUUAUAACUCCACAGCCAAAGGAUGGACUGAAAAUUUAAAGGUCCUGUUCUUUAAAGAUAUAUUCACCCAUUUUUUCAUACAGAAACUAAAGGAUUUUGUUUUAUGAUCUG